AUGGAAAGAAAGAAGAGAAUCGUGAUUUCAGAGUCUAAUAAGAAUAUGCAUGCUAAUUAUAAAAAGACUUCGAAGCAGAAGCAACAACAAAAGCAAGCAAAAAUGAGAAAUGAAAUAUUAAAAUUAAAAAAUUGGUCGUAUCGAAUUUAUGAAUUGAAGCUGCAACAAAUUCGAAGAUUGCAAUCUCAUCUCAUGAGCAACCGCUUCAUGUUGUGCGAUGAGAAUGGAAACAUUGUAUGUCUUAAUCCCACCGAGUCGUCUCCAAACUAUAAAAUUCCAGGGCAAGGCGAAGAAAUCGAAGACACUUAA